GCCUGUUGCUUAUACAAGCUGCAUUUGCAGCCGCCGGCAGCGACUGCCUCUGCAUAUAACGGGGCUGCUCUCCCCGACGAGGUUUCUGCAAAGGCGAACAAUCAUGAGGGCCAGUGCAUUCGCUGUCACACUCGUUGCCAUCGCGCCCAUUGUUGUAGACGCGGGGCUCGUUUCAACCGUGGCUAAGGCUGUUGCAAAAGUGCCGAAGCCAGCCGCCAAGAUAGCACUAGGAGCCGUAGAACGCGUAGGUGACAUAGCUAAUAUAGGGAUGGAGCUGGCAACGUCAGGGAAGACACAAGGAUUGCCUGGAUCGUCUGGCUCCUCUGGCCCACCCGAUGAAUUCGGUGGUAGCGCAAACAGAGAUUGCGGUGAGUGCAGCUGCAGCCUCGUUUGGGAAAAGAAACCUAAAGAUUCGAGAAGCUGCAGAAUAGAGGCCACGUUGAAGUGUACGUGCAACCAUGGUACGUGCAAAACAAAGCAUGCUGCUCUCUGCAUCGCUGGUUUAGCUUCUUAGGAGUAAGGUAUGCGUCUGGUACAGAUUUCUUGCUUUCUGAUCAAUAAAUAUCAACCUACGUUCCGGC